AUGAGGGACAGGGACUUCAUGCCCAACAUUGAACGGGGUAAACCCGCCACAUACACGGGGGAGAAAAAGGCGAAAAUGGCUGCGAAGACUAACAAAAAGUGGGUGAGACUGGCCACAGUUUUCGCAUACGUGUUGUCUGUGUCUCUGGCGGCUAUAAUAUUGGCCAUAUACUACAGCCUAAUAUGGAAACCGACGUCUGCCUCCUCAUCAUUUGCGAGACCCAAUGCUGUGACCGUCGUCGCGGCGAAUACUACUGCGAACAUAACCACUAGUAGUGUGCCAAAUAAUACAAUGCACACAGGUACGCAGACGGACGCUAGUACACGUGACGACACGAGGUCCAAGGCAUCACCAGUUACCAUCAGAACAGAGACGUCUGGGACGGAGGCAUUUCAGUGGGGGGAUAGUAGUAGUAAAAGUCCCACGGUUCCCGCAGACGACAAUACGGCCAAAACAGCGAUUGUCGGACCAACGAAUGGACAAGUGGUCUCCGCGCAAAGCUACGCAAUUACAAACAACAAAUUGUCAACUCCGACAGAAGUCAGACACGCGUCUCCAAGUGUCACUGGAGAGGAUUCAGCGAACUUGCCGACGCACGCAACCAGGGACCAAGAGGAGAAGUGGUGGACGUUUAGCUUGGUCUCUCCCGCUGUUGGAGUACAACAGGAGCCUGUGGAAGGAUCUGGGCUGGAUUCUAUUCAAGAGAGCCAAGCCACGGAUUCUUCUCGGAUGAGCGGAGUGACGCUCGCGGAAGCCUCGGCGGCUACAAACGCAGACCAACAGACUCUGCGCACAGACUCUACCUCUGACCAGGCUCAGGGUACAUGGGGACCGGUUACCUUUACCGAUGCACAACGUGAUUCGGAUUUAAUAACGGAAGGGUCUUCUAAUUUACCAGAGCAGAGGCGGGAGGAGCUAGUUCAAAUGGACAACGGAGACGCCUCAGCGAGAACUACACAGUCCUAA